AUGUCUCUUUUUCCAUCUCAUUCAAAGAUGGAUUAUUCUGUUUAUAGGAUGUUUGGACAGAUGCAAAACACAGAGGAAUCAAUGAUGCAGAAGCCAAGGAAACAUCCCUAUCAUUGCCAACGUUCAUGGACAUGCAAAGAUAACCCCAAAUGUCCCAAAUGGCAUCAGACUGCUCUGAGACUGACCAGCGUUGCCAUGGUUACACUUAUUGCCACAGUGAUAGGACUAACUGUCUGGGUAAGUCACCUAAGAAUAUAUUCCUGCAGUGACAACCCCAGUGAGAGGUUCAGUAGUGAGAAUGGAACCAAAGACUACAGCUGCAUGAAUCUUUCUCCUAGGAAGCAGCAGAACAGUACAAACUUCAUAAGAAACCCUAGCCAAAACUUAUGCCCUAAUGACUGGGUGCAGAAGAAAGGGAAAUGCUAUAACUUUUUCAAAACCUAUCAAUCAUGGAUCGAUAGCCAAAAAUUCUGUUCAACAAUGAAAUCACAUCUCUUGGUGAUCAAAGAUAAGGCUGAAUUGGAUUUCUUACAGAGCAAUAUACAAGAUGGAAUUUACUUUUGGAUCGGAUUGAACAUUUCUAAUUCACAAAAGACAUGGACCUGGCUGGAUGGCACCCCAUUAAAUCUACAACUAUUUCAAGUUCUUGGCGAAGUUGAAGAUGAUGCAUGUGCUUUAAUAACAAAAAAGGGUGUUUUUUCUGAAAAGUGUCUCAUUCAGAAUUACUGGAUUUGUCAAGGUGUGGUUCCUUCAUCUACAGACAAUAACCUCUGA